GCCCCCAAAGAGAAGGUUCUAGUUUGAGUUCUAGUUCUUCACUCACUCUCUUUCUUCUUCUGGUUCUCGCUAGCAAUCUCAUCCCAUCUUUUUUCAAUGGCAAAGCGUUUGAUCCCAUCUCUCAAUCGUGUUCUCAUCGAGAAAAUUGUUCCUCCUUCCAAAACAAACUCUGGUAUCUUGCUUCCAGAGAAAACCACCAAGCUGAACACUGGAAAAGUUGUUGCUGUGGGCCCAGGAGCUCAUAGUAGAGAUGGGAAGCUUAUUCCGGUUAGUGUGAAGGAAGGAGAGACAGUUCUUUUGCCUGAAUAUGGAGGAACUGAAGUAAAGCUUGGUGAUAAAGAAUAUCAUCUGUAUAGAGAUGAGGAUAUUUUGGGAACUCUCCAUGACUGACGCAUGGAACUUCACUAUCACCAUUCCAAUGGGUUGGAUUCUUGUUCUUCAUGAGGCAUAGAGGCAAUCAUCAUAUCUGCAGCUGCAUACUUUGUGCUAUUUGUAUCUUGUAUUAGACUAGACACCAUUGUUUUGAUAUUCUCAAAUAACCAAGGUGUUGAAGACAACUCCAUGGUGUCUCAUCAAAGAUUCUGGAUUAUGGUCCGGGAAAUGCUGGAUUUUAUUGACUUAUUUGAACUUGGUCCAUUUACAUCG